UAGCAAUUAGCUCCUGCUGUUAGCUGCACAUUUAAACCUGAAAUAGCUGCAGCUUAUGCACGGUUAUCUGCUUCAGCAAUGGCCUGUUUCGGUUAGCUAAGCCGACCGUAUUACCCUCACGUCCCUUGUUUUAACUUCAGGCUUCCCCGACACUUUGGUGGCUUGUUUUUUUGUUUAAUCACAAUGUUGACCAGCGUUGCUCUUGGGGCUCAGAUUGCCUCCAUAGUCGAUGCCUUGUCCAAAGCAGCCGUGACGGAGAUCUCCAGAGUGCUGGAGGAAGGCUCGGUGGUGGCGAGGCUGGAAAUGUGUCAGCGUGAAAAUGAGAUCAAGAAGCUGAAGAGCAACAUCCAGUUUCUGCACAGCGAGCUGAGAUCCCUGCAGGAGAGUGUGACCCUGAGAGCAGACACCCAGAGAGCAGAGGGCAAUCAGCAUAACCCUGGUGAUGAGAGGACUUUGCCUGAAGAGGGAAACGCUGAUAAGGACCAAAAUGGCCCGUCUCUUCCUGAGGUGGUGCAGGUGAAAUGUGAACCUGUGGAAGAAGGAAGUGAAGGAGCUGGAGGACAAGCUGAGCCACUGAAAGAAGAACCAGCCCUGUAUGAAAGGGACAGUGCACAGUGGAGGCCGGCAACACAAACGGGAAGCAACAACUCAAAUUAUUCACCGUGCGCGCCCGGAUCUUCUGUGGCGCCCGGCAGCAGCUCGGGGGGGUUUCAGCAGAGCCCGUUCAUCCGCGGCCUGCAGAGCUACGCUCAGUAUCGAAACCCGUACAACACAGCGAGGAGGAGGACAGGGAAGUGGUUGAUGUUCAAGAAAGGCUUUGUUUGUCCGUACUGCGGGAAAUGCUUUGAGCGGUCCGGACACCUCGAGAGGCACAAGAGGAUUCACACCGGGGAAAAACCGUACCGCUGCGAGGUCUGCGGGAGACGGUUCAAUCAGAAGUGUAGCCUGAAGGAGCACAUGAAGAUCCACAGGAGAUGUAUUCAGCCUUCACCAGUGGAGAUCGAUGUGAAGGAACAGAAGCAGAUUCCUGUGCUGAUCCCAUGUGCUGAUCCUCUUCAAAUCAAAGAGGAGAUCCAGGUGAAGUUUGACGAUGUCCAACCUAAGAUUGAAGACGUUCUCACAACACAUGUACACGUCAAAGCCGAGCCUGCAGAGGAGAACGUAGCACCACAACGGUUUCAUGGAGGAAACGAGCAGACGAGAGGAGGAGGAGACGACCUCAGUGAGAACUUCUCAACAUUUGAGAGGGAGAACCCGCAGUGGAUGUCCAGACUACAGGACAGCGCAGAGGUCAGCAUUGCAGAGUAUCACGGUAUGACAUCCUUCCCGGGGGUGGCUCAGUUACUGCCGCCGCCCGCCGAGGCGUCCUGUAGCUCAUUCUCCUUUCCAGGGAAGCCGUAUGGAGAAGUCAAGAACAGCAUGGUCUCCCAAACACCUUACGCAUCCUCAGACUCUCUCAUGAUGUCAGGAGAAGGAGGCAUACAUGAAGCCGCGCUGAAUCACCAGAGAGGGAACCGGUCGUUUCAGGUGAUCAGACCAAAGAAGUGCUUCGUCUGCUCGUACUGCGGGAAGGUCUUUGAGCGCGUCGGCCACCUGGACAGACACUUACGGAUUCACACCGGGGAGAAGCCGUAUGGGUGCCAGAUAUGCGGGAGGUGCUUCAAUCAGAAGAGCAGCCUCAAGAGUCACAUGAAGACGCACAGAAACGGGGAGAGCUCAGAUAUGCCGGAGCCCAAUCACUUGAUGCUCACGAUGCCCGACAAUCAGCCGCUGAAGAACCUGACAGAACCGAAGACUGGCCCGGCAGCGCCAGAGGAACUGAGGCAGAGCAUCAGCGUUUACAGAGAGGCAGUCGGUGAGCAAACAGUGACGGUGAAGCUGGAGCCAAACGGGGAGGAUUAUCACGCUCUAAGUCAGGCAGGGAGUAACCACAACAGCACAGGAACAACAGAGCAAAGCCAGCUGUGGACCUCUGGGAUUGAGCAGAGUAGUGAUGGGGAACAAACUGUGUGUGUGCUUCUGUGUGACGGGGAGUAUCACCUCAGUCCUGCAGCAGGAGAAACAAACGAGCAGCAGGAUUACACUCUACCAAUCAGUGAGCUGCCUUUCCUAGGACCCAAAGAGAAGGGAGACGUGAUGCACAAUGAUCAGUAUUCAAUGAUGCAUUCGAGAAACUCUGACAUGACUUUAGCUCCAUCGCUGCAGGACCAGCACGAGACGACUGUGAGUGAGUACACAGCCGUGAGGACUCGGGAGGGAGGUGCAUUUGAUUUGAAUAUCCCGGACAGCUGUGGCGGUGACACGACCGCACAGAACUGCUUCAUUUGCUCCAGCUGCGGCCAAAGCUUUGAUAGCUUCGGCCUGUUUGAGAGACACCAGUGUAAAGGCGUCACAGAGCAAUCCUUCAGCUGCCAGAUAUGCGGCAAGACAUUCAAUCAGAUGAGCAUCCUGAAACUGCACCUGAAACUACAUGUCGAGUAAACGAGUUUGAGUUUAAGGAGAAAAAGCUUCAUCACUACAUAUGUAAGAAACGGCACAACGAGUCGAUAUGAUUUACAAAUAAAUACUUGACAAAAGCGUUCAAGAGCUUUUAGUUUUCUAUUUGCUUUAUUUGUUAAGUUCAGUGUUCUAGCAAUAAGGACCAUUCUGUAAACGGUAUGUUUUGCACUAUUUCUUUUUACCUUCAUCGCUCCUUUUUUACUCUGAGCUGACCAACGACUCAAACCUGCCAUUUGUUCUGUCACUUGGACCGAUAUCUAGUUUAACUUUACAGAUUUCUUUAUUAUUUUAACAAAACGUCUUUGUUUCAAAUGUAAAGUUUAAAUGUUUUUUUUCCCGCUCUUUUCAAACUAAACUAACCACACCUUCUUACAAAACCACACUUUUAUAUGUUCCAUUUAAUUACAAGUGUCUUUUAUUUAUCAAGUAAAGGCAAGAACCAUUUGCUCUGUACUGAAAAUCCUGAUUACAAAUUCUUUUUUUUCCAGGAUAUACUUCGCCUAUCUUAAUUUACCUCUUAAGAUAAUAUGUAUCAGUGGCAUUAAGUGGAGUUUGGCUGUUUUAAAACAAAAUACAAUCUGCUGUAAGUUCAUUGAUGUAGUAUUUUGACUAAGAUACAGCACAGGUUUAUCCUCAGAGUAAUCAAUCAGUGUCUUUAAGCUUUGAUAAGAUAUUCCACCAUCGCUGAUGAUUAGGGUUGCAAAAUUCCGGGAAUUUUCAAAGCUGGAAACUUUCCAUGGGGAUUAACGGGAAAUUAUGGGAAUUUUCAAAAUUGAAGGUUGGCUCUUCAUGGGGAACUUAAAUAUAGUUGGGGAAAGUAUAUUUUAGUAUAAUCUUGACUAAAACAAACAGAUGCCAUUCAAGUAUAUCCAUGCCAUUCCUCAAUCACAUGCACAUAGCACACUGCUUACUGCAUGUCUAUUGAGACCACACCCCUACAGGCACUGUGCAUUCCUCCAUCACAUGCACAUAUGAUUUCUAGAAGACUGGACCACACUUAUGAGCCCAAAGCACAAGACUAUUGAAGCCACACAUUUGAACCUGUGGACUUCACAAAGUGACGUAAGGCUUGAUGAUAUUAUGGGGUAAUAUAUUUAUUUUAUGUUUAAAUUGCAAAUAUCACAGACAGAUGGAUUCAUCUAGUAGAUGGCUAGCUGAAAACUUAGAUGCUAAAUAAGCCAUAGCUAGCGUCACUUCAUUUACCAUCUAUGAGGCACUUAUAAAGAUGCUAGCUACCUCAAAUGUGAUGCUGUUUUCAUCUGCCUCCUGCAAGAUGUUUUGAAGAUCAUCCCAGUUGUUUAGCUAGCCUAACUAUUUAUAUUUCUGUUCAUCCCCUUGCAUCACUUCUCAGUUAGUUCCCAUUAAUUCCCAUAAAUCCCAUUAUUCCCAUGGAAAGUUUCCAAUAUGGAAUAUUUACCAAAUUCCCCAGCUUAACUUCCAGUCUGAUGUGUGCCUACUUUAUCUUACACAGUAAUCAAACCCCCAACCCGGCCACUGCAGUGUUACUUAUUUAUUUUUUUAGUUUAAAGACCGAUAAAUAAUUGUCAGACUGCCAAUUGUAAUUUGAUUUCUGGACAUCUUGAGCACACUAUACAGGCUGUUAGAUUACGUUUGAAAUAAAUAUGUAAUGUAUUUUUUGUAAUGCAUUUCAAUCUAAGUUCAUCGACUUGUGGAGUCUGGCACUCUUUUGAUGUUGAACAGUUGAAAAUAAAUGAUUUUUGUAUGUGAAAUCUUU